AUGAGAAUAUCGACUACUCCAACCACUGCUGCAUCGAGCUCGGAGGAGGAUUCCCCGCAGACCCCCAAGGCCAGCGAGCGGAAGUCGGCCCGAAGUGUAUCCAGUCGGGGAGCUAAACGGAAGGCGACUGGUAGCAGCAGUGCUCGUGGGGGUGUCUCUCACGAGCCUGCCAAGGGCGUGUCUGAGGUCCUCGGUUCGGUUCGGCUGCGUUCUGUCCACGCUAGAGUGUUGUCGUGGCACGUCGAUGCCCAUACACUUGUCUCGUUGCGACUGGGCUCGAAUGAUGGUCUGAGGAAAUGGACGAGAAUGUUGACCAUGAUGCGCCGAGAUGAGGGCUCUCGGUCGGACCCCGACCAUAGGGUGGUAGUCAUAUUCGACGGCAGCAGUGUCUCGAUGACUAAGGACAUGCGAGUGUCUGGAUUCAUGUGGGCUGAUCUCGGAGGAGUUUCACAAGAAAUGCCGUCCGCUACGUUGGAAGGUGCUGCGGUGGCGUUGAGCCAAGGGAGGUUCAAAACGGUGGUCGCAAUGGCGGAGACGAGCUUGAAGGAUUCGCCAGCCAGCAAAGAAGUGCAUCUGUGGAGGGCAGUGAAGGUGUAUUCGUUGAUGAUGUUAUCGGAGUGGUCGCGAGCGGAAGAGGAGCUGCUUGUUGGGAAACAGGACAUGGUGGUGGUCGCUGAUGAGGAUGUUGGCUCAUUCUGGAUGUCUUUGUAA